UUACCUAAUAUGUCCCAGACUUGAAGCUGAAGAAUUUGGCAGCCUGGAAACAACAACAGGCACAGACUAAAAAGCCUGCCUUCUCUAAUCAAAAGACCAGGAAGAGGGCAGCCUAGGAAGACACAAAACUUUUAUAUUAGUAACUGUUGUGCUCUAGCCAAACAGAAGGACUUUGACCGCUGCCCCAGCGCAUGCCUGCCAAGGCUGGUAGGAAUCCUAAACUUCCACCCUCAUCAAAUUAUAACAAAGUUCUCCAACCUUACACCAGGGUGGUUUCAGAGAAGGCUAAGUAGCUACCUAGGAGUUUUUUCUGUGCUGGGCAGUAACUAACCUUCCAACUGCCAUUCUCCUGUUUCCCUGGUUUACUGUUACUAGAGACUGCAUGGGGAGCCUGGCCUUAAGGAGGUGUUCCUUUUUCUCCCCACUGGAGUGAUCCCUAGUGGAGGAGAAUCAGGACUUUUACCACCUCCCACUAGUAAGGAGCUUAGCCCCCUCACAGCCAAGAUUACAUCAGCAGAGGCCUACUGAGCAGCCAGAAUCCGUGCCCUUGCUCAGUAGUAAUGAAGAGCUCCUCCCCAACUCAGGUGACAACAGAGGUGAAAUGGGAAACUUAACCUUCUAAUUCUACCUGACAAUAAAAGCUAGGAACCUUUUCCCCAGCUUGAGCAGUGUCGAAGGAACCAGCUAAAUCAGAUUUAAUAAGGUCCAGAAUACAAAAAAAAGUUAAAGUUUAAUCUUUUAAAAAAAAAAAUCACUCUACAUACUAAAAAAACCAGAAAAAUCUUAUUUUGAAUGAAAGAAGAGACAAUCAGUAGACACAAGCACUGAAAUAACAGAUGUUAGAAUUAGCUGACAAAUAUUUAAAGAGCAAUCAUAGAAGUGUUUCGAUGAGAUAUUCCAAACCCACUUGAAACAAAUCAAAAAACAGCUUCAGGAAGAAGUAGCGGAUAUAAAGAAAAAUGAAAUGGGAAUUUAGAACUGAAAAAUGCAGUAACAAAAGUAAAAACCUCAACAGAUAGGGUCAACAGCAGAAUGAAGACAGUAGAAAGCAUCAGUGAUUUCAGUUCAAGAUAGAACAAUAGAAAUUGCCCAAUCUAAACAACAGAGAGAAAUAGACUAAGAAAAAAAAAAAAAAGCAUUCCUCAGAGACCAAUGGACUGUAUACCAAAAGAUCUACCAUUUGUUUCAUUGGAGUCCUGGAAGGAGAGAAAGAAGAAGGCAAGGCUGAAAAUAACUCAAAGAAAUAAUGGUCGAAAACUUCCCAAAUUUGGCAAAGGCAUGAACCUGCAGAUCCAAGAAGGUGAGCAAACCCCAGAUAGGAUAAGCCAAAAGAAUUCUACAUCAAGUCCAAUUAUAAUCAAACUUCUGAAAGUUAGAGACAAAUAUCUUGAAAGUGGCAAGUGAGAACAGGCACCUUUUCUUAUAGGGAAAAACCACACUGAUUUUUCAUAAGUAGAUUCAUCAUCAAAAGCUAUGUAGGCCAGAGGGAAGUGGCACAUUUUUCAGGUGAGUGCUGAAAGAAAGAACAGUGAAAAUAUUCUCCAGGAAUGAAGGGGAAAUGAAGACAUUCUUGGAUGAGGGACCACUAAGAGAAUUUGUCACCAGCAGACCCAACUUUAAAGAAUGGCUGAAGAAAUUUCUCUAAAUAGAAAAGGAAUGAUUAAAAGGUAGGUAUCUUGGAGCAUUAGGAAUGAAAAGAGAACAUAGUAAGCAAAAAUCUGGGUAAACAGAAUUGGCUUUCUUUCUCCUCCUGAGUUUCCUAAAUUAUGUUUGGUGGUUGAACCAAAAUUAUCAUACUAUCUGAUGUGAUUCUAGAUAUAUAGAGAGGAAAUGUUUGAGAAAUUAUAUUUAAAUGGGAGAGGUAGAGAAGACAUAAAGGGAGGUAAGAUUUCUUUACUUUGCUUGAACUGGUAAAAGGAAGGCACCAAUAGGCAUUAUAUGUAUAUAAUAUAAUACCUAGGCAACUACUGAAAAAGAGAUACCUUCAAAGCAGUGUAGAUAAAUAAAAAUAGAAUUAAAAAAAUGUUCAAGUAAUCCACAGGAGAGCAGCAGCAAAACUAAAAUAGCAAACUUAGUUAUGUGUAAGUGGUCUAACUAUACCAACUAAAAGGUAGAGAUCAGCAUAGUAGAUUUAAAACAAAAACAAAAAAUGUGACCCAGUAGUAUGCUGUCUACAAAAAACUCCCUUCAGAUGUAUUGGUAUAGGCAAGACAGGGGCAUUAUGUCAUGAUAAAAGGGUCAAUUCAUCAUGAAGACAGCAACCUUAAAUGUGUAUGUACCAAAUAAUAGAGUUGCAAAAUAUGUGAGGCAAAAACGUUCCAAGUUAAAAGGAGAAAUUGACAGAUCUACAGUUGUAGUUUGGGACUUCAGUGCCCCUUUCUCAAUAAUUGAUAGAUAGAACCAUUAGACAGAAAAUCAGCAAAGAUAGAACUGAACAACACUAUCAAACAACAGAAUCUAAUAGACAUUUAUAAAACACUACACUCAACAAUAGCAGAGUCUUAUCUUUGUACUAAACCAGACAAAGACAGUUACAAACAACCAAACAACCAAAAAAAUUAUGACCAACCUGAUGUCCUUGAGACAUAUAGAUAGGAAAAUACUUACCAAAUUAUUAGCAGAUAGAAAUAGUAAUAUGUAAAAAGAAUUAUAUACCAUGGCCAAGUAGAGUUCAUUUCAGGAAUUCAAGGCUAAUCAGUAUUUUUAAAAAAUCACUAAGUUAAUCUACCAAAAGAAGAAAAUUUACAUGAUCACAUCAACUGACUCAAUUGAUAAAAUUCAAUAAACACUCAUGAUAAAAAAUGUAGAUAUUAGGAAUAGGUUAAUUUUUGCAACUUGAUAACAUAUUCAAGAAACCUACAGUUAACACAAUAUUUCACAGUGAAAGACUGAAUGUUUUCCCCUAGAAUGUCAAGGAUGUCUGCUCUCAACACUCUUAUUCAACACAAUAAGGCAAGAAGAGGAAAUGAAGGCAUACCAAUUAAAGGAAGAAAUUAAGUUGUCCCCACCCCCAAUUUUAGAUAACAUGAUAUUUUAUGUAAAAAUAUCUCUAGAUAUAACAGGUGAGUUUGGCAAAGUAGCAGGUUAUAAGAUAAACCUAUAAAAAUCCGUGGUGUUUCAACAUACUAGCAAAGAACAUAUGGGAAGUGAAAUUAAAAAUACAAUACUGGUCCGCAGAGCUCCGCUCACUGGCCACACGUCCCAGCCAGCCUAGCGAUCCUGCCGCGCCUCUGGCUAAGACCUCACCAAAAUGCCAUCUCAAAUGGAACACGCCAUGGGAACUAUGAUGUUCACAUUUCACAAAUUUGCUGGGGAUAAAGGCUACUUAACAAAGGAGGACCUGAGAGUACUCAUGGAAAAGGAGUUCCCUGGAUUUUUGGAAAAUCAAAAAUACCCUCUGGCCGCAGACAAAAUAAUGAAAGACCUGGACCAAUGCCAAGAUGGCCGAGUGGGCUUCCAGAGCUGCUUUUUGCUUAUUGCGGGGCUCACCAUCGCAUGCAAUGACUAUUUUGUAGUACACAUGAAGCAGAAGGGAAAGAAGUAGGCAGCUGAGCUGCUGCUUCACCCCUGAUAAAGAGUUCUCCCAAGGGUCACUUAAAGAAUCUCUGCCCCACAGCCUCCCCCUGUAUAACGAUUUCAUGAGCAGAUUGGGUCCCUUAGAAAAUGUACAAAUAAAAUCCCACCCGUUUGACAAGAGAAAGAAAAGCCAAUUAAAGCCAGAUAAGCUUUUGAUUUUUAUAUUGCUUGCAUCCUCUUGCCCUCAAUAAACACAUUUCUUUUUUAGUUCAUUAAAAAAUAAAUAAAUAAAUAAAAUAAAAAAACAAUACUAUUUAUAG